AUGGGGCCUCCAAAUGGAGUCGUCUCCUCUGGAGCUGAAGAUGUCCCGAUCCCCAUCGCCCUUCACGCCGACGACGAGAUCCAACCCCCACGGAGCCCUAUUGCCCAGAAGACAACGGCGCUGGACGUGGACACGAUGAAGGAAGUUGGCGCGCCCGUUCCCACCCAUCCCAUACUUUCAAUGCAGGGGGCCUUUGCAGAAUCUAUGCGGGAAGCCUCCGAGAACGCAACGUCUAGCAUACCGAAACCCAAACUUGGGGACGCCGCUGCACGAAGACAGAUCCUCAUCGAGCAAGCAGCCUCUGACGAGACCCAUGCAGCGCGAUGGGGGCAGAGACCCGGCCAGCAGUACCACCCGCUCUGGAAGCUGAUGGCCCAGAUCUCCUUCGGCAUUUACCUGUUGUUGAAUGGCAUUGCGAAGGAUGACGAACAAGUCAUGAGCAUAUUGCAAGGACAUGUGGACGAGGUUGACGAGUUUCUCGAGACAACUCUGGAGGACUUCGAUCUGGCACAAUACGAUAUCACUGAGCGGCUAAGGCUCCUCAAGCUGCCGCUUGAGAAUAUCGACAUUUUCGACGGGAUGCUCGAGGAUCGAGAUUUUCGCUUGCGGAUUAUCACCGGUAAUGAGAAGAUUGAGCACGUUAUAACGAGGACGGAGAGAGCGAUGCGUGACGCGUUGAAGGAUGUACAGCAGGGUAUGGAUGCAUGCAAGGAGUUUACCCUUUACUUGGCUGAAGAGCAGGAUGAGACAUGGAGGGACGAGAGGCCGGAUAUGGAGACGGUAUUCGACGCUAUGAAGGGUAAUGUGGACGGGUGGUGCAAGGCAUGUGGCUCAUUGCAGAAGAAGGGUAAUGCUCUUGGUGUAGCUCUCGUACAACUUGGUUCGAUGGUAGCGGAAAUGGACAGGCGGGCUGGCGAGGUCAGUCGUAAGGCCCGAUUCAGCACUACAUCUGAAUCCUCACCAACAUCACAAGCCGCUUCCUCACCGCCACAUCCUUCGAAACAGACGCGUCAGUCAAUAGUCAGAAUUACCCCGCCAGACGCAGAUAUGACCACAGAAUUUCAGGAGCACAAACAGGACCCCGAGCCAGCAGUCCGCGAAUCUUACUUGGAUCUGGACUCAGACUCAGAAGAAGAAGAAGAAGAGAAGGAAACGGAAUAUAUUCUAGCGCCGCGAACAUACACACCCAUUCCCCCUCGACAACCAUCUCCGGCGCGGGUCCAGCAAGCUACUCCACCUCCGGAAACAAAAUCAAGGAACUCCCUUCGACAACGCUUCUCUCUCAAUCCCAAAGAAGUUUCCCCAGGGAUGCAUAAACAUCCUACAUCGAGAAAUACUAUCAACAAUAAUGAUGACUAUUGGGAUCCUCAAACCGCCAUCUUCUCAGUUGCUGAAAACGUCCAAACUCAUCGCAACAAUCGAACUACCAUCACUAGCCAGCGACACAUACCGCCUAUCACAGUCCCCACCCCCCACGAACUCGAAGCCGUAGUUCCACCACCAUCUCGCGGCAUGGAUUCUGCCUACUGUUCCGAUUUAGAGAAGCCCUUUUCACCGCCCUCAGUCCAAUCUGCCUAUGCGCAGACACCAAACCUGGGCUCCCAUCGAAUUAGUGGUUCUCCACGGAUCGUUGCCCCUCCAGUGAUGAGAGAUCAUGUGCCUAGUCCUCGAAGUGCCCACCAAUUCUUCAGGCCUGUCAACGCAUCUCCGCACUCACCAUUGCAGAGACCCUGGACGGCAGCCCCGGCAAGUCACCACACGCACAAUCAUUCCAACCUCAGUAACCUCUCGAAACUCUCCAAUGGCUCAGCUACCCAUCUCCCUCCACCGUCGAGUUUGGGUAAUCGGCGAGCAGCGCCUAGCGCGAUGGGACUUAGCACGAUGAGCGAUAUCACCACAGUGACGGAGAACGGUCAGAAGCUCAAAAAGAAAAGGAGUGCGUUCGGGUGGUUGAAGAAAGCGUUUGCGUUGAGCGAGGAAGAGAAGCAGGCGUUCGAGGAGAGGAGGCGGCGCACAGAUCAAGAAAAUCUGUACUAUGAGCGGCCUCAACAAAAAUGGAUCGACGGAAAGCGUGUACGCUGA